UGAACCAAGACAGGGCAAGGCUUCACUCACGUGUGCACCCCAUCAGCCUUUCGAGACUCACUGACCAACAGCACACCCUGAGGGCUCUCCAAGGUGAAGUCCACAUCCAGCCCAGCACCUCCAAUCACCUGAAGAGCAGGGCUGGCAGGGAGCCCCACAUCCUUGUGACCUCAGCCAGCUUUCCCAGCCCUACAUGGAAAGAGAGAUGCCCUGGACCAUUCUGCUGUUUGCAUCUGGCUCCUUGGCCAUUCCUGCACCAUCCAUAUUCCUGGUGCCCCCCUACCCUAGCAGCCAAGAUGAUCCCAUCUACAUCUCGUGUACAGCCCCAGAGGACUUCCUAGGGGCCAAUUUCACCCUGUUCCAAGGGGGAGAGGUGGUCCAGCUUCUGCAGGCCCCCUCAGAUCAGCCUGGUGUGACAUUCAGUGUGACGGGCAGUGAGACUGCUGGGGGGAACUUCCGCUGUCAGUUCAGUGUGAUGGGAGAGCACAGCCAGCCCCAGCUGUCAGACCACAGCCAGCCAGUACAUGUCUCCUUCCCAGUCCCUACCUGGAUCAUGGUGUUCUCCCUGAGCCUGGCUGGAGCAGCCCUCUUCCUCACAGGGCUGGUGGCUGUCGCCGUGGUGGUGGUCAGGAAAGCUAAAAUAAGGAACUUACAGAAGCAGAGAGAGCGUGAAUCCUGCUGGGCUCAGAUCAACUUCACCAACACAGCUUACUCUGUGGUGGCUGCAAAGAAGCAGGAGAGAAUCCCGGAAUUUGGACCCCAAGUCUUUCUGCAGGACAUGUCCUUUGAUAACUCUCUGUUUGCCAUCUCCAUGAAAAUGACUCAGGAAGACCUGGACGAGCAUCAAAAGAGGCCCACCUCUACAUCCUCCUCUGCGGCGCUCCCUGAGUUCAGCACUUUCCGGACCUGCCAGUGAGGCAGAGGAGCGAAGACUGCUUGUUCUCUGUCUCACUCCUCACAGCUGCACAAGCCGAACAUCUGUCCAGAGACUUGGUAGUGGGGAGGGGUUAAGCCAAGGCUUUCUAAGAGGAUAGACUGGCCAGAGGAAAUGGACUUCCGGUGUUGUGACCUUCAUAGAAGACAAGAGAAAUAGGUUAUCAGUCUAGAGGCUGGAAAGAAAGCCAGAGCCGCUUUGUAGAUUCCCUGGAUUGGUCAGAUCCCAUCUGGACACCCAGUCUACAUUCUGUACCUCUUCUCCUGUGCUUCCCCAGCUGCACCCAACUUUCAGACUGGGUUUUUUUUUUUGGGGG